AUGCGGGAGGUGCUGCGCGGCCGCUCGGGGAACCGGCCGGCCCCGGCCGGUCAGCCCCGCACCGCCGCCCCCAUGGCGCCGUCCGGCCCCUGCUGGGCCCACACCCGCGCCGCGCUAGGGCGGCUGGAGAGGGCGCUGAGCUGCUCCCGCUGCGCCGGCGUCCUGCGGCAGCCCGUGUCCCUGGGGCAGUGCGAGCACGUCUUCUGCCUAUCUUGCGUGGCUGACUGUGUUGGCACAGAAUGCCCAGUGUGCCACGUGCCAGCCUGGGUGCAAGAUGCACAGAUAAACCGGCAACUAGAUAACAUGAUUCAGCUUUGCAGCAAACUGCGGCAUCUACUGGGUGCGGACACGUCAGAUUCAACAAAAGAUAUGUCCACACCAACCGACUCAGACUUUGGAAAUAAGAAUAAGAAAGAACAGAUAAAAAUGUGGUUCAGCCCAAGAAGUAGGAAGAUUCGAUGCGUCCUGAACAAGAGACAGCCUGACACUAAAAGCAAUGACGUUUGUCAAGACACAUCUUCAAUUUAUGAUUUCUUGCCUUCCCCUCCUCAUGAGAAGCCCUCCAAACCGAUAAAAAAGCCAACACAGACACAGAGCAAGAAGAUGAAGAAGAAACGUCUAGCAGACAUUAACAAAGUGUGGAGCUUAGAGAAGCCUGAGCAGAAAGGAGGAGUUGAGAAGACUCCCAAGGAAAAGUGUGUGACCAUCUGCAGUCAACCGGUAGUCCUGUGCACUCUGGAACCAAAUAGUCCUGAAGAGACACUUCAGCAGGAGUCUAUAAAGGAAGUUGACUUCAGCAAAAAUACAGAAAAUGUGGAAAUAUCGCCACAGGUAAAAUCCUCGGGGAAGAAAGAUAACAGUGAGGUUGCAUGCCCUGCACAAGACAGCAAGGAAAAAAAUUGUGCUACAGAGACAUCGCUGUCAAUAGAAAAUGAAACUACACCUUUAAAACGUGGAAGGGAGCAAUCCAGACUUCUAGUUACUUCUCAGUCUAAAAGACCAAGAACUGAAAGGAGCAUUAUUGGGAAGUCAGUCAGUCAGGCAGAUUGCUUAGAGAAGUUAUGUCAGGGUUGUCCUGUCUCCCCAGCGACUGAACACAAGACACCUGUUCAGAUUUCUUCCUCUGUAUCAAAACUCACUGACACCGUAAUGAAGACAAGAAGCUCUGAAGUCUUUCAAGCAAUAAAUAGUCCUUCACUUUCAAAACCUCCCUCUACCCCGUCUACUUCUAAGACUUGUAAUCAAGUAGGAAUACCACACAGUCCUUCUGUGUUGAAGUCCCCUGGUGGUAACACAAUUGCCAGAAGAAAUUACAAGGGAGAGACUUUGCUCCAUGUUGCUUCCAUCAAGGGUGACUUAGCAGCUGUUGAACAGCUGCUGAAAAAUGGGGCAGAUCCCAAUGUCAAAGAUAAUGCUGGCUGGACACCACUGCACGAGGCAUGUAAUCAUGGGCACAAAGAAGUGGUGGAGCUGUUGCUGCAAUACAAGGCGUUAGUAAAUACUACGGGGUAUCAGAACGACUCACCGCUUCAUGAUGCUGCCAAGAAUGGGCAUGUGAGCAUUGUUGAGCUGCUGCUUUUGCAUGGUGCCUCCCGUGAUGCAGUUAAUAUAUUUGGUCUGCGGCCUGUGGACUAUGCGGAAAGUGAAAAGAUGAAGUCUGUGCUAAUGUUACCAGUGAAGAAUGAAUCAUUUUCACUUAACCAACCCUCUGAGGCACUGAGCCCCAGCCAGCCAAGAGAUGGACCUCUUGGUAUACUGGGGAGCAAUCUUAGUUCGAAGCAACAGAAAUUGCUGAACAAACUAGUAACAGUUCUGAAGGCUCGAAGGUGUACUGAAUUUAACAGCAGAGUAACUCAUCUUGUUAUCCCUGAUGUUCCAAUGCCAAGUACUGUCAAAUGUAUGCUGGCUGUUCUGACUGGAUGUUGGGUCCUCAAGUUUGAAUGGGUAGAAGCCUGUCUACAAACCACAGUACGAGAACAAGAAGAGAAGUAUGAAAUCCAAGGUGGCCCUCAAAGAGGCCGGCUCAACAGAGAACAGCUGCUGCCUAAGUUGUUUGAUGGAUGCUACUUCUAUUUUCUGGGAUCUUUCAAACGUCACCAGAAGAGUGAUCUUGUGGAGCUGGUCAAAGCAGCAGGAGGACAAAUUCUGGUUAGGCAGCCAAAACCAGACAGUGAUGUGACGCAGACGAUCAACACAGUGGCUUACCAUGCAGAAUCUACUUCUGACCAGAGAUUUUGCACUCAGUAUGUAAUCUAUGAUGUGUCUUCUAAAUUCAAGCCGAAGAAAAUUCGUCAGGGCAAAGUCUGGAUGGCCCCCUCCAGCUGGCUUAUAGACUGUGUGAUGUCCUUUCAGCUCCUGCCUGUAAAAUGAAUAUCAGUGUCUCAUGAGCAAGGUUUUAAAAUGUGGUGAAUCUUGAGCAGUUGGAACACUCUGGUAAACACUGGUCUGAAGCUAUGAUUUAUGUUUUGCACUUAGGAAUACAGGAGAGCUUUGACCAUUUAAAUGAGUUACUAAGAUCACUGAUAUGCUGGAAUAAAUGA